AUGGCGGUGCAGCUGGAAGUGACUGGCAAAGUGGCCCUGCAAAAUGGUUUGGCACGGAUCGAGGUAGCGUUUGUGCGAGCGAGCGGACGUGGCGACUCCACCUCCUCCGCCCGCACCGCGUCCACCCAUGGCAGAGAUCCAAGCCUGGCCAGUUCAUACAAGCCGCUUGCCGUUGACAAGCAAAGGGAUUGGACGGCCGAAGCUACUGACCAACUUCGGUCCAACUUGGCCAAGGCCAAACGAGGUGCAGCUGCCAUGUUGGCUUUGGAGAAUGGGCCCCCUGGGCCCCCUACCAAAAAGCAGAGGCUUCAAGCUUCUUCCUCUUCUUCGUCAAGUUCGUCCGAGUCUGACUCUGACUCUGACUCCAGUGCAGAGCCCGCUCUUGCAGCCAGUGCAGAGCCUCCUCCUGCACAGUCUGACGAUGAGAGUCCAGUGCACCGGGUACACCAAAGGAACGUCUUCGAGCAGAGCGCGAUUGAAGAUGAAAAUGAGGAGUUGAAGACAAAGAACCUCAGCCUAUGUGAAGAGAAUGUGCAGCUCAAGACAGAGAAUUGUGAUCUGAAGAAGACUGUGAAGGCUCUGCACUUGCAGUUAGAUGGCCAUUAG